UCGAAUUUGAAUCAUUGGUGUUUUGCAAUUUGCAUUUUGCUGUGAAUUUUAUCGCGUCUCGUUUCUUUUAACACGUAGUAAAGAACAAAGCUAACAUCGUUGAGUUAUUUUUUAAAUUAAAUUUUAAUAAACAAAGGCUUUUUAUGCAACAAUUGUAGUGCAAGUUUGUGAUUGUGUUUCUUGCUGCUUAUCGCUUUCGUUGAAGAAAAUUUUAAUGUAUAAAAGUUGUUAAUAUUUAUACAACUACUGCUAAAAUAUUAAAAAGUUGCAAUAAUCUUUGUUUGCUGCACAAGUUAUAAACAUGCAACGUCAAUUCACUUCUGGUAGUCGCCAAGCGCCCGAUCCAUUUGAUCAAUUUUUGGAGGAGAACAACUUUUAUCGCAAGCACACAGCUCGCGAUGCUUCAUGCCUGUUCCGUGUAAUUUCGGAGCAAAUGUAUGACACGCAGCUACAUCAUUUGGCUAUACGCAAGAAAUGCGUACGUUAUAUGCGCAAGCAUCGUGAUUAUUUUGCGCCGCUCGUUGAACGAGAUUUGGAUGAAUAUCUAGAUGAUAUGUCUAAACCUAAAACAUACGGGACCCUGAUCGAACUGCAGGCGGUUGGAUAUAUGUUCCAACGAAAUGUGCUGUUGUUCGAACCCUUCAAUUUGGGUAAUUAUUAUAGUUCUCGCUCUUGCUUCAAUAAUGUAUUUCGAGUAUUUUACACUCCCGAAAGGCAUUUCGAUUCUGUUUUUACUUGUGACUACAUAAAAGAUGCAGCUAUUUGCCAGGCCAUAUGCUAUGAGAUACUGUAUAAGGAAUUAUACAGGUUGCCGGAUGUUGCUUUUGCCGUUGAGCACAUGUUGCAUUCUCCAACUUUGGAUGCUAUGGAGUAUACAUCCGAAAACAAUGAGGAUGGCUACUGCACACGCAUAGUGCUAACAGAUGGACGCAGUUUCAAUUUCGAUUUACCACAUGAGACUAAUUGCAUUUUAGAAAAUUAUGAACUCUGUCAUUUUCAUCAUACGAAUUUUCCACGUUUAUCGGAUGAUUUGCAUCGCGAAAUGAAAAUACACACAAAUUGCGAUGAUUAUGAGAAGUCGGCGCUGUGUAAGACCGCUGAAUCAUUACUACCACAUAAAUAUAUAUCUUGUGUGCGCCAAUUAUUACAAGAAGGUAUUACACCAUUUCCGUAUAAAGUUGCUAAAGCAUUGGAUCCCAACAUGUAUAGGAAUAUCGAAUUUGAUGCCUGGAAUGAGCAAAGGAAAGAGCAAAAACUUCAAAACUGGUACAGUGGCGAUACAAAUUUUAAGUUGAUACGCUGCCAGCAAACACGAGUUCAUAAAAUCUUCCAGGUGGGAGCCAAAUGUCAUGUGAAGCUAUGCAAAUCCGAAAAUGAUCUAUACACUUGUCAUAUACAAGAGAUUGCAGUUGACAAAGGCUACUGCAUUGUUUUUAUCGAACAAUUAGGCGAAAAGCGUUUGGUACCAUACGAGUCACUAACUCCGCUGCCACCAGAUCAAUUUAAGCCAUGGACGCUACCAUAUCGCUUUCAGCGUCAUAUGCAAAAGUAUAGUUCAGUACGCCUAACACGUCACUACAAUUACCGUUUCAAAUUGAACGGACAAUUUGCAUCUGCGCAUGAAUACUGUGCGCCCAUGUCGCCUAAUAGUAAGUCAUCCGACUAUGUUCCUGGCAUAAUGGGUAGUGAUGUCAGUGAGAAGGACGAGAAACAGCAUUAUGUUUCAGCAGCUUCACAUCAUCGCAACGGUUGCUACUAUAAAUUGAAGCAAUAUACACAUUUUGAGAAUUUCCGUGCACAUACGGUUGAAUAUUGCGCCAUGCCACUAACUGUUGAGCAUGCGCCACGUGAACAGGAGUCGAAAAGUGGCAGUGCAACAGCAACACCAUCGAAUGAAAGUAACAACAACAAUGUGACACAACAACGCGCAGUUGCCCCAGAAACACGUAUAAAAAGUGAACCAAACGCACAACAACAACAACAGCAACGCAUGUGCGCACCUGAAGAAAUAAUGGGUAAUUUCAAUCCAAUGGAACAUACGGUUGCUGGCAUGGGCGCACCGGCAUUUAUUAUGCCUGAUUUUCAUUAUUUAUAUCCAGUGCCGCAGUAUGCUGGUAUGCCUGAGGAAUACUACACAUAUGGUUAUGAUCCCGCAAUGCAUCCACCCGCUGCAGCGUUAAUGCCAACCGGUUAUUAUAUGUAUCCACCACCGGGUGCGCAACCCGCCACUUUCGCACCGGCACCCAAUAAUUUUUACAUGCAAACUGCGGCACCAUUACCGCCACCACUUAUCACUGCUGCUACUGCACCGCAUCCACAAUCAGCAGUAGCACCAAAUAUGGGUGGUCCAUAUUAUCCAUCAAAUGCGCAUUUCGGCAGUAUGACGCCAGCUAAUGCCGCCGAGGCGUCUACAAUGCAGAAUAGCGCAACGCAAGUAUAUGAAACGCCGCUUACUCGUAAUCGCAGCACUGGGCAAACACCAGUUAUGAAUACACCGCUAAGUGGUCGCAUUAAUUGGGAUGCUAAGAAAUCGGUUGAUGCCAGUGGCAUAGAUUUACCCACUGACGUGCCAACUCUGCGUCACUUUUACAAUUUAGGUUUGGAAUAUCAUCUAAUGCACUUGAAACAGCGUUGCAACGAAGAUGCUGCAGCCAAAGUGGGCGGCGCAAAAGUUGCAACUAAAGUGAAUGGCGGCAAUCAAAACGAAGAUGUUGCGCAAGAGCCAAAGCUGGAUUCUAACAACAAUAGCAUGCAGAAUCAAAAUUUGACUACACCACAAUCAAACAAUAUGAAUGGCAAUACUAACAUGUCGAGCGCUACACACGCCAUUUCAUCAGCACAUAGUCAAAAUAGUAACAAUAGUGCAACUGGUGGUGGUGGUGGCGGCAGUGCCAAUAGUGGUAGUGGCAAAAGCGGUGGUGGUGGUGGUGGUGGUCACAUGCAUCGGCGUUUUCCAUCGCGUUAUUUCAACAGCAAUAAGGAGCGACCAUUGUUUUUACGUAAUCAGAACAAUGCAAACAACCCUAACGCCCAGAAUAUAGGCAACCAAAAUCAAAAUGAUUACAAUAACAACAGUGCUGGUACGAACAAGUAUGCCAGUUCGAUUAAAAGUAAUAUUGGUGGACAAUAUAAUUCGAAUCGCAGCACUACACCCAAUUCAUCACAUAGCCAUACAUCCGGACAUAAUACGAAAACCGUUAACAUGAACACGGGUGGAGUUGGCGGCGGCGGCGGCAGUGGUGCCUCACUUGCAGUUUCUGUUGCGGAACACGGCAUGCCAUCACCGCAUGGAAACUUUGACAAUGCUACAAGCGGUGGUAAAAUGAUGGCACAACAACAAAUGCCUGUAUACCAAACACCGAAUGGUAAUACUCUAAUGGCGGCGCCUUACAAUCCGUACAAUGAGUUCAACGGCGAUCCCUCUAUGCCGAUUGUACCACCAAAUGCAGCAGGCGGUGGUGGCAUAUAUCUACACAUGCCAAUGGCAGCGCCAGCGCAUACUUAUGGUAUUUACGCGCCACCACAAACUGGCGCACCACCAGGCGCUGCCAUGAGCAUGCAACCGACACCAACAUCAACAGCGAUCAGUUACGGUGCAGCACCAAAUGGAGGUCCACCACCACCACAACAGUUUAUGCCAUCACCAACAGAUGGCGUAGCCAUGCAGGCAUCAGCAAACGGUUACUAUGCCACACCGGGAGAGUUUACACCGGCCGAGCCGAAUGGCGCAAUGCAAGUGGCCGGCGAUGGUUUGCAGUUUCAAUGUAUACCGUAUCCUGGCACUGCACCGCCACCACCGAUGCCAUUUUACUACACAGCUGGUUCUGCUGUAGCGGCAGCCGCAGCAGCAGCUGGUGGAAUGGCUAUGAAUGGCAUUGCAACGGUACCGCAACCACAAUCUUCUGCUGGUAGUGUUAAUGGAGGAGGAGGAGGUGGCUGUGGCAAUCCAGCUGGUGUGGCCGGUGGACCACCAGCACCGCAGGGCUAUUGGUGUCAACCGCCAAAUGCUUUGCUGCCAUUACCCACAUCAACGCCACAAAUGAACGGCACAUCGGCUUGCGUUGCAACAUCCAGCAAUAAUAGCACACCAAAUGUGAACGCAAAUACAACAAAUAGCCGUUCACGUGACAACAAAUAAGCACUCUAUCAUUAACAUUUUGCACAUAACCUAACUACUACAGGUAAUAUUAUAAAUACUACUAUGUAAACUGUAUUUACUGACUACAUGGCAAAGUCUUUUUUCACUUGAUAUUACCAAAUGUGUUGAGUGGGUGUAAAACGUGUUGAGUUGAUGAAAUUGUUUUGAUCUAACACUUGUUUAGCACUAAAGCAAGCGACGUUCGUAAAUCGUAUUCAUGCUGAUCAUGAUGAUCCAUUACAAAAUAAUGCAAGUCUCUGCAGUUUUCGUGUUUUGAUAAAGUUGUAACUUGUAAUUACAAGUACAAAAAAAAAACAUAAACUUAUAAGAAGUAAAAAGUAUGUUGUUGUAGCAUUUUGCUUUUUGUGAGGACGUUGCCUCAAGCGUAACGCUAAAAAUCAAAUAAAAAAGAAGAAAAUUAUUUAAAUAAUAAUAAUUAUACGUUAGUAUUAAAUAUAUUUAGUUAUAAAUAUUUUCGUAUAUUUCAAAUAUUUUUUUUUUAUAAUAUAAUAAAAAAAAUCCACGGAAUAUAAUGUCACUGUAAAAGCGUUCGCAGCGUUUCGCAAUUUUAUUCGAUGUCCUUUACAACAGUUUUGUUUAUGCAGCAAAUUCAUAUUUAAUUCUACAUAAAUUCGUAAUUUAUUAUUAAAUUACUUUCAUAUAUGUAUGUAUCUAAAUUAAAUGUACAUAUGUACGUGUGUAGUAAAACUAACGCAAAUGUACACAAAAGAAAAAAAUCGUUACAUUAUUUAAAUUAAUUUAUUAUACUCUUCAAAUCAACGCACAUUCGGCGCGUAAACACAUACGAUCAAAUCAAUUUAAAUGAAAGUUGUAGGUUGUACAAAUAUACCGUUGUAUGAUAUAUCGUUUUUUGUUUUAAACAAAAUAUUUCACAAUAUAUCGUUAUAAACAGCAACAGUAAAUUCGUUUUUUUUUUACCCUACACGCACACGCACACACUCACAUACUUCAUAUAUCUAAUAUAAAUUAGUUUUAAGCUCAUUUGCUAUUCAUAUUUAAUUAUAUGUAAUUAUUUCAUUUUAUAAUAACAUACAAAAAUACUACCCAUCUGCAUUUAUCACGCGCAUAAAAUCGUGCACGGUGUACAGUUUUCCACCAUGUUGUCACCCAUUUUUAUACUGUUUAUACUCGGUUUUGGUAAUUUUCAAUUUCAUAACUUAUAUAACGACAAUUCUUUUUUACCAAGUUCUUACCUUUUAUUAAACUCAAUAUUAUAGCUUACUUAAACAUACAUACACAUCAUAAAAAAAUUAUGUUAGUUAUAGUUUUAUUGAUAUCUUUUAACAUUUUGUAAUAUAUUAUAACCCUACAGAAAAUUAAAAAAAAAAUACAAAA